AUGAUAAGUAAAAUCCAACGAGAUAUUACAUCAUUUUAUUUCGUUAUUUUAUUUAUUUUUUUCUUAACAAAUCAACCUGUUUCAACUAAUAAUAUCGUUGAUUUAAUUCAUUCAAUAAGAAAUAAAAAUACAGAUGAUAAUCGAUCGACAGAUAAUUUAGUAUCGGAAUUUCGUGAUAUUAUAACAACUAUUCAAGAACAUUUAUACAAUACAAGUGUUCCAGUUUGUCUUCCUGGUUUUCGAUCUUAUGGUGGAUCGUGUUAUUUUCUAUCACCAUUAAAAUCAUCAUGGUUAACAGCAUCAAAUCUAUGUGGAAUAAAACGUAAUUCAUCUUUAGUUUCAUUUGAAACAAAUGAUGAAUUAGAAUUUGUUGUGGAAAAAUUAUUAAAACCAUUACGUAUUAAUCAAGCAUUUAUUGGUUUAUAUGCAAGUGAUGUUGGUCAAUGGCGUUGGCUUGAUGGACGAACAUUUUGGGAUUCAAUAUUUGGACCAUUGUUUUAUGUUUAUAGACCAGAUACAUCACAUUGUGGUCUACUUAAUCUUGUUAAUGGAAGUAAAGUUGCUAUUGAAGGAAGAGAUUGUAUAAAUGAUGAAGCACAUUUUGUAUGUAAAUAUGUUCAAAAUCAUUGUUAUGCAAAACAUGUAUGUGGUCGUGGUGGUGAAUGUAUGAAUUUUGGUUUGACAUAUCGAUGUCGAUGUAAUUUUUUAUAUCGUGGUCGAAAUUGUGAUAAACUAAGUUCAAAAGCAAUUCAAUCAAUAAUUGCAUUGAUGAUAAUUAUUGUCAUGAUUUUAGCUGGAUAUUGUAUUAAAUUUGAUAUAUUUUCCUAUUGUCAACCAAAGAAGAAAUGCCAUUCAAAUGAUGAAUUUGCGAAUGAACAUGACAAUAUUUUAGCUUGA